GAAAAAAUAGAUAUGUCAACGUAUCCUGUUGAAAGCAUUAGAAACUUCAGUAUUAUAGCUCACGUAGAUCAUGGGAAAAGUACUCUAGCAGACAGAUUGUUGGAAAUUACAGGAACGAUUGCCAAAACUGACCGUAACAAACAAGUGCUGGAUAAACUGCAAGUGGAACGUGAAAGAGGAAUUACAGUGAAAGCACAGUCUGCAUCUCUCUUUUACAAUCAUGAUGGAGUAAACUACCUCUUAAAUCUUAUUGACACGCCAGGCCACGUAGAUUUCAGCUAUGAAGUAUCCCGGUCACUGUCUGCCUGUCAAGGUGUCAUACUUGUAGUGGAUGCAAAUGAGGGUAUUCAGGCUCAGACAGUGGCAAACUUCUAUCUUGCUUUUGAAGCACAGCUGACAAUAAUUCCUGUCAUAAAUAAGAUUGACUUGAAGAAUGCAGACCCUGAAAGAGUUGAAAAACAAAUAGAGAAGCUGUUUGAUAUCCCUGUAGAUGAAUGUAUAAGGAUUUCUGCUAAACAAGGGACAAAUGUUGAAAAAGUUCUUCAAAAGGUCAUUGAGAAGAUUCCACCACCCCAGUGUAACACUGCUGAUCCGUUGAAAGCCUUAGUGUUUGACUCCACCUUUGACCACUUCCGAGGCGUCAUAGCUAACAUUGCACUCUUUGGUGGGGAGAUUCAGAAAGGGCACAAAAUUGUAUCUGCGCACACAAACAAAAGAUACGAAGUUAAUGAAGUUGGAAUUCUGACUCCAGAUGAACAGCCAACGCAGAAGCUAUAUGCUGGACAGGUGGGCUACCUGAUUGCUGGAAUGAAAGAAGUAACAGAAGCUCAAAUAGGAGACACACUGUUUUUGUAUAAACAGCCAGUGGAGCCUUUGCCAGGCUUUAAGUCAGCGAAGCCAAUGGUUUUUGCAGGUAUGUAUCCUGUAGAUCAAACAGAAUAUAAUAAUCUCAAAAGUGCACUGGAAAGGCUGACAUUGAAUGACUCCAGUGUAACUGUUCAUCGUGACAGCAGCCUUGCCUUAGGAGCUGGGUGGAGGUUGGGUUUCCUUGGUCUUUUACAUAUGGAAGUUUUUAAUCAACGUUUGGAGCAAGAGUAUAACAUGUCAGUUAUUUUGACUGCACCUACAGUUCCGUAUAAAGCUGUCCUUUCCUCAGCAAAGUUGAUAAAGGCCUAUGGGAAAGAAGAGAUCACUAUUAUCAACCCUGCUCAGUUUCCUGAUAAACUUUCAGUAUCUGAAUAUUUAGAGCCAACUGUUCUUGGUACGAUUGUAACACCUCAUGAAUAUAUUAGGAAAAUAAUUCCUUUAUGUCAGGAUCGUAGGGCAGUCCAGAAGGAUAUGUUGUACAUUGAUGAUCACAGGGUUAUGCUAAAAUACCUCUUUCCACUGAAUGAAAUAGUGGUGGAUUUUUACGAUGCUCUUAAGUCUCUGUCUUCUGGUUAUGCAAGUUUUGAUUAUGAAGAUGCAGGAUACCAGGCUGCAGACCUUAUCAAAAUGGAUAUUCUUCUAAAUGGAAAUCCAGUUGAAGAACUGGCAACGAUUGUACACAAUGACAAGGCAUACGCUACUGGCAAGUUCCUGUGUGAACGUUUAAAAGGUGCCAUACCCAGACAGUUGUUUGAAAUAGCCAUCCAGGCUGCUAUUGGCAAGAAAAUCAUUGCAAGAGAAACGCUGAAAGCUUACAGAAAAAAUGUUGUGGCAAAAUGUUAUGGUGGAGACAUAACAAGAAGAAUGAAGCUUUUAAAGAAGCAGGCAGAAGGGAAGAAGUUAAUGAGAAAGAUUGGCAAUGUGGAAGUGCCAAGAGAUGCCUUUAUAUGUGUGUUGAAGAGACAAACUGACAAAUAG